UGGAAAAAUUGUGUAGGUUGAUAUGGCGCGAGGGCGUGGUCGGGGGCGUGCCAGGAGGCCGACCCGAUUUGCAGAUGGCUCCACGGCUUGGGCACCCUCUGGACAGCAGGAAGAUACCUCAUCCACGCCGACUCGGAGUGUGCCACAGCAGGAGCACACUAUGGACCCUACUGGUAGUACUCCAGAGAUGGGAGCUCCGGAGAUUGGGACAUCCGAAGGACCAAGUAUUCAGCUUGAGGAGACGAUAAGUGCUUCACAGUUGAUGCAAAUGAUGGUGCAACAGCAAGCUGCUGCCAGGGAAGAUAUGAUGAGGAUGGUAGAGGUGCAGCAACAGUUCUUGCAGCAACAGUUGCAGCAGCAGCAAGCUAUGUAUCAACAACAGCAACAACAACAGUUCCAAGGCACUACAGCUCAGCCGGAGCACCGAGUCAGUCUAUUGGAUUUUCAGAGAUAUGCACCCCCAGCAUUUAAAGGUACGGCUGACCCGAUGGAGGCUGUGAGCUGGCUGAAACAGAUGGAGAAAGUCUUUCAAGCUCUGAGGUGCCCUGAUGAGGAGAAAGUUCUUUUUGCCACAUUUAUGUUACAGGGUGAGGCAGCUGACUGGUGGGAGAUGGAGAAAAGGGAAGCUUGGUCCGGAUGA